GUGUUUCUAGGCUAUCGGCUCUGCCAGUGUCUCUCUCUCUCUUUGUGCAAUCGAUUGUCCCCAGUUUCAGCCACUCUCCCUGUUUCUCUCUCUUAUACACACACACACACACACACACACACACACACAUAAACAUAAAUACUACUAGUACGAACAUAUACAUCAUUUAUAUAAAAUACACAUGGAAAGUUGUAGCAGCAACAACGGCAACGAAGAGUGGAGGGCGGAGAACGCCAUAGCUGGCAACGGCGAAGCUAUCGAAGCUCUCAGAGAACUCAUUACCUUCCCUCUUCUCUACUCUCGCGAGUCUCAAAAGCUCGGUCUUAAAUGGCCCCGAGGUUUGCUGCUCCAUGGUCCUCCCGGCACCGGAAAGACAAGCUUGGUUCGAGCAGUUGUUCGUGAAUGUGGUGCACAUUUAACCGUUGUUAGUCCCCAUUCUGUUCAUAGAGCACAUGCUGGAGAAAGUGAGAAAAUUUUACGGGAGGCUUUUGCUGAAGCAUCAUCUCAUUCGAAAUUAGGGAAGCCGUCUGUGAUCUUCAUAGAUGAAAUUGAUGUGCUGUGUCCUCGUCGUGAUUCUAGAAGAGAACAAGACAUUCGUGUGGCCUCUCAGCUCUUUAUGUUGAUGGACUCCAAUAAACCUUCAUCAACAUCUGUGCCACAAGUUGUUGUGGUUGCUUCAACUAACAGAGUGGAUGCAAUUGACCCUGCACUAAGAAGGUCAGGGCGAUUUGAUGCUGAGAUUGAAGUUACAACACCUACUGAAGAAGAACGUUUUCAAAUACUAAAGCUCUAUACAAGAACGCUUCCUUUGGAUUCCAGUGUUGACUUGCGAGCCAUAGCUGCAUCUUGCAAUGGAUAUGUUGGGGCUGAUUUAGAAGCUUUAUGUCGUGAGGCCACCAUGUCUGCAAUAAGGAAAUCUUCAAAUGUAAUUGAAGAAGCUGGUGUUUGUAGCUUAACAAUGGAUGAUUGGAAGCAUGCAAGAUCUGUCAUUGGCCCAAGUAUAACAAGAGGUGUUACUGUGGAAAUUCCAAAGGUUUCUUGGGAAGAUAUUGGAGGAUUAAAAAAUUUGAAGAAAAAGCUCCAGCAAGCUGUUGAGUGGCCUUUAAAACAUUCUGCUGCAUUUUCGAGGAUGGGAGUAUCACCUCUCCGAGGGAUCCUUCUUCAUGGACCUCCAGGGUGCUCAAAAACCACUCUUGCUAAAGCUGCAGCUCAUGCUGCCCAAGCUUCCUUUUUCUCCUUGAGUGGUGCAGAAUUAUAUUCAAUGUAUGUUGGGGAGGGUGAAGCUUUGUUGCGUAAUACAUUUCGAAGAGCUCGCCUUGCGGCGCCAAGUAUAAUAUUCUUUGACGAGGCUGAUGUUGUUGCUGCCAAAAGAGGAGGGAGUUCAAGCAGCAACAUUGGAGUAGGAGAGAGGCUUCUAUCUACUUUGCUGACUGAAAUGGAUGGUUUAGAACAGGUUAAAGGAAUUCUUGUUUUGGCUGCAACAAAUCGCCCACAUGCAAUUGAUGCUGCACUUAUGCGCCCUGGACGUUUUGAUCUUGUGCUUUACGUGCCACCACCCGAUUUAGAAGCUCGAUACGAAAUACUUUGUGUACAUACACGUGAAAUGAAAGUGGGUAAUGAUGUUGAUCUCAGGCGAAUAGCAGAAGAUACUGAACUUUUCACGGGGGCUGAACUGGAGGGCCUAUGCAGGGAAGCUGGAAUUGUUGCUUUGAGAGAAGACAUCUCUGCCACAGUUGUGUGUAAUCGCCACUUCCAGAUUGUCAAGGAUUCAUUAAAGCCAGCACUAACGAGAGAAGAAGUUGAUUCAUAUUCUUCAUUCAUGAAGAAACCAUCUAUGAGUUCUACCCGCCAGUUUGAAUCUAAAGCCAAACAGAACCCCAAAUUCAUAAAGAAUCUGUUAGGAUCAGUGGGUCCUAUUACAGUUGGCAUCACGAGCUUUGUUUUACUAGCUGGUGUUAAAUAUUUUCUCAUGCAAACUGAUCAUAUACCUACUGGACUAGCAAGUACAUGAAGAUUCUGAACUGUCCAUCAUGAUUGAUGUUUGCGUGGUGAUUGGGCGUCUUCAUGGAAAUCUUGCUAUGUUGAACACUCUCUGUGUUGGUUUUGACGCAGUAGCCGAGUCUUGUCCAUAUUUGUUUCGGUCUGGAUCUUGUCUCCAUCUUGUUCCGGAACCAGAUACUCAGAGGGACUACAUGCUUAUGCUGGAAGGCGUUAAACUUGGCUUCGUGAUGGUGUUUGAUCAGAAGAUGCGAAAGCUUCGACUGUGGUUAUGCAUUGUAGCGGAGAUGUUCUGCAUGUGUUGAUGAGCCGAGAACUCCACAGAUCAUCUCCUAGAGUGGAAGACCGAUGAUUGCGUGGGGAUUUCGAAAUGAUGUUAACUGUUUAUUGAUUUCAUCAAAGUGACAAAAGGAAGAAGUACAACUGAGUAUACUCAGGAUUUAUAUGAUGUAGCUCAAAUUUUGCACCGUAUUGUUUGUAGAUUAUUAGACAGACAUGUGAUAGUAGAGUACUAGUAGUAGUUUGGAAAAAUAGCCUCGCUGGUUUGAGUUGGUUGCCAUGCAUAAACUUAAAACUUGUGGUUGAGUUGGUUGAGGUUUGAGUAAAUUAUACACGGGUGGACGGUUCAACAUUUAUUAUUCGGUCUCUCCUAAACUAAUUUGCCGAAGUGGUGACUAAGUGUAAAAUUCUAUAAUAUUGCAUUUUAUACAAGAAAAGGAAAAAAUUAUCAUCUAAAUAAAAA